AUGUUACAAAAAAACGUGUGCGAAUUGUCAUCAAACCAGUUGUCAGGAGUUGUUCCCCAUUUGAUGACAGACUCCGGAGACGGCAGUAAUGAUGAGACCGAUGGACAGCAUAUGAUUGGCGACGAGAAUCUGAGUCAAACGCAAAACGUGAAAAUAGUUAAGGUUGUGCCGCUACCGCACGCGCGGUCAGAGGUCUGGUCGUACUUCGGGUUCAUAGCGGACGACGACGGAGAGAUUCAGGACAAGAAGAAAGCCAUUUGUAAGAUCUGUGCGUCAACUCUGGCCUAUUCGGGGAACACAACCAAUUUGUUUACACACCUGAAGGCUAUGCAUCCGGAGGCACAGCCGCAGAAGUUGGCGCCGACUAAUAGGACGCCCAGAACUGGCAAGAAGUUCGGCAAACGAAAGGCCGAUGUAUUGGACUCGCCGUCGGGUCCGUUGAUAGUGCGGGCCAUCACUUACUCGUCACAUAACGACCAUAUGUUCGAUGAGGACCCACAGAACGGCGCUCUCCUCAACUCAAAGCCACACAAAUCGCAUCAAAACGCAUACAACUCGGCGUCUAAUGUGUCGGACACUCACAACAACGUGAUCACAACGGAUGAUAUUACGAACGCAAUCGUCAAUUGGUUGGUCAAAGACUGUCGACCCAUAUGUGUGGUCGAAGGGAAGGGCUUUCAAGAGCUAUUGCGUCAGUUGGCGCCCGGAUAUGUAGUGCCCGACACUCGACGACUCACUACAGCCGUGAAGAAGAAGUACGACGAAGUGAGACGUGAUCUCAUCUUAAGGGCGAUGCAGGACGAGUAG